AUGCCGGAGCUCCAUCCGGGUAUGAGUGAGGAUACUGGUCACAGUACUAGCUCAUUUGAUAGGCAAGUAAGUACGGUGAUCAGCCUGGCCCAAGAAAUUUGGAAACAAACGUCGGGAAUCAAGGACUUGCCAAACAGUCUCCGCGUAUACGUUCUCUUGCACCGUAUCAUCUUCAGAUUUCAUGUCGAGUUCAAUCAUGAACCUAGCUUAAAUCAUUUCAUCGACGCUUUAUCCAGUCAUGAAAUACCCAAGGCUUUGAAGAAUGCUCCUGGCCUAUCCUGCAAGGCUUGUCAAACAGGAGCACUCCUCAGCCAGCAUGCGAACGCUUACUAUGCAAAGGCGGAAGAGCGGAGAACGUAUACUGUGUUGAAUUUGUUGUCGCAUUUCAAGUCUCAGCAUUUGCCCUAUCAACCAAUGGGUGCCCAUGGACCAAUGCCAACCUUGGACUGGAAAGAAGACAUGAUUGAGCUGCCCAGUGAGCGCAUCAUCGCCGGCCUUAUCCAUGCCCCUGGAAUGGACGAUGAGAAGCUUCACCUGAUAGCAAGAAUCUUCCCAAAGUCCUUUCCAAUGCCUCUGCCCAAAAUUGGAGUGAUUGACAAUCAUGGAGUAGCUUCACCCGCCUCGUCGGAACCCAAAGAUGUGACAGAUGCUCCCGGCCCUAUUGAUACCGAAGAGGAACCGGAGAAGGCACGCAACCCCGCACUUGGAUCUGGCCCUAGAGAUUCCUCACAGCCUUCUACUGUGAAGGGGGAUGAGUAUGACCCUCGCCGUCCAGCUCUGACAACCGAGACGAAUGACCAUGCAAGCUCCAAGACCAAGAAGCGAUACUACGAAGAAAGUCCGCCUGCUGUGCGCCGACAACGCUACCAAGCGGAGUCGCAAUAUUAUAUGUCUAGGGAGCAUCCAGACGAUGGAUAUUCGCAUCCACGAGAAUACAUUGAGUAUGGUCCAAGUCCAAGGAUACCCCAUGCUCGGCCCUUGUAUGAGGAAUACACUGGUCGUAGGACGGGCUUCCGUGAACAGGACAGAUUCUAUGGCCCGCCACCUGAACACGUCGUUUACACACACGCACGAGAUGAAAGCCACGGCAGCCGAGAACGCGAGUACGGCUCAUACACCCGUCGAUACUAUGAAGAAGAAGAUCCACAACCGGACUAUCGAUACAUGAGCGAUCAUCCUUCACGAGAUGCGAGUCCACGCCGGGGGCAGGCUGCUGCUGAUCGCUUCCUUGAGGAGUUCGUGCCCGGUCCGGCUCCUCCAACCGAUCCUGUUCCAGUGCCUACGCCGCCGGAGCCAGUGCCUACUCCAUCAGCGCCUAAUGCCGACGAAGGUUCGCGAUACACGCCCACUCCUCCAAGCGUGUCCGCUGCUGGAGAUGCGGCCCCGCAGAGUCGACCACUUGCACCUCCACUCCCUAGAGCUCCGUCUACAGUCUCCAAUGGAUCUCGAUACGAUGAGUACUAUCCGCCCCGUCAUAUGCCUGCACCCGAAUUUGGACCAUCAAGGAGAUCUGGACCGCAACGUAGGAGGGAUCGUCCUCACGAACAGCGGAUGCCGUCCCGAUACUACCGAUAUAUGAAUGUCGCGCAACGUGAGGAUCGUGGCUCGAGCAUGAGUCGGUCGCAAAGUAGACGCUACGAGGAGCAGCGUCGCCGUAUCGAUCAGCAGGAGACGCCGCAACCUGGUGCGAUACCAGAGUAUGAACCGGCGUAUUCCCGAGAUGCCAGUAUCGAUCAUCCCUCCCCAGACAACAGCUUCCACCCACCAGCACGCCGUGCACCAGGUGGCUAUGUGUCUGUUCAGGACCGAUACCACCAGUCCUCUCCUCCGCGCUUCCGUUACGAGGAUCAUCGUAGACCGCAAACGGUCUACGUCGAUGAGUAUGGUCAUCCGAUCCAGGACUAUGAAGUCGUUCACGUGCGCGCCGAUCCUCGACACCCACGUGCUCAGUAUGUGCAUCAACCUCCGCGAUACGAGCCUGAGCACUAUCAAUAUGUCCCCAUGCCUUAUGAGCGGCCCCCGCCACAGAGGUACAAUAGUCGUGAGCAACAUUACAUGUACUAUGAUGAGAGGGAAAGGCCGCUUCCGAGACGGCCUGCGCCUGAGUCGGAAGCAGAGUUUAAUGAGCCACCGCCGCCGGAGAUCAAGGUGGAAAGUGUGCCGGUGCCCAUGCCAGAGGCCAAUUGA